CGGCUCAGAGUCGCGCUGCCGGGGUUGGGGUGGUCCGCUUCGUCCCUCGGCCCCGCGUCUCCCCUCGGCCUCCAGUCCCCGCCGCCGUCCGCUGCCCCCGCCGCAGCCAUGUCCAAGCAGGCGCCGGCCGGGCGCGAGGAGAUCAUGGAGUGCCAGGUGAUGUGGGAGCCGGACAGCAAGAAGAACACGCAGAUGGAUCGUUUCCGGGCGGCGGCCGCCGCCGCCUGCGGCCUGGCGCUCGAGAAUUAUGACGAUCUUUACCAUUGGUCAGUGGAGUCAUAUUCGGACUUCUGGGCAGAGUUCUGGAAAUUCAGUGGGAUUGUCUUCUCACGCAUGUACGAUGAGGUUGUGGACACAUCGAAAGGGAUCGCAGAUGUCCCUGAGUGGUUCAAGGGCAGCCGCCUGAACUACGCAGAGAACCUCCUUCGGCACAAGGAGAACGACAGGGUUGCCCUCUACGUGGCACGGGAAGGCCGAGAGGAGAUCGUGAAGGUGACCUUCCAGGAGCUGCGGCAGCAGGUGGCUUUGUUUGCAGCGGCCAUGCGGAAGAUGGGAGUGAGGAAAGGAGACCGGGUGGUGGGAUACUUACCCAACAGCGAGCACGCUGUGAAGGCCAUGCUGGCUGCCGCGAGCAUUGGCGCCAUCUGGAGCUCCACGUCCCCAGACUUCGGUGUGAACGGUGUGCUGGACCGGUUUUCUCAAAUUCAGCCGAAGCUCAUCUUCUCGGUGGAGGCCGUGGUCUACAAUGGCAAGGAACAUGGCCACCUAGGGAAGCUGCAACAGGUGGUGAAAGGCCUGCCAGACCUGAAGAAGGUGGUGGUGAUCCCUUAUGUCACCACUAGAGACAAGAUAGACAUUUCCAAGAUCCCACACAGUGUGUUUCUGGAUGACUUCCUCGCUCACGCGCUGGGUGAGCCGGCCCCCCAGCUGGAGUUUGAGCAGCUGCCCUUCAGCCACCCGCUCUUCAUCAUGUUCUCCUCGGGCACUACCGGAGCGCCCAAGUGCAUGGUGCACUCUGCUGGGGGCACCCUCAUCCAGCACCUGAAGGAGCACAUGCUGCAUGGAAACACAGCCCGCAGCGACAUUCUACUCUACUACACCACGGUUGGCUGGAUGAUGUGGAACUGGAUGGUGUCCGCCCUGGCCACCGGCGCAUCAGUGGUCCUGUACGACGGCUCCCCGCUGGUCCCCACGCCCACCGUGCUAUGGGACCUAGUGGACAGGAUUGGCAUCACCAUCCUGGGGACGGGUGCCAAGUGGCUGUCCGUGCUGGAAGAAAAGGACCUGAAGCCAGCGGAAACCCACAAUCUCCACACACUCCAUACCAUCCUGUCCACCGGCUCCCCGCUGAAAGCCCAGAGCUACGAGUACGUCUACAAGUGCAUCAAGAGCAGUGUGCUCCUGGGCUCCAUCUCAGGUGGCACCGAUAUCAUCUCUUGCUUCAUGGGCCAGAAUGUGUCGGUCCCAGUGUACAAGGGGGAGAUCCAGGCACGGAACCUGGCCAUGGCCGUGGAGGCCUGGGAUGAGGAAGGCAGGGCCGUGUGGGGGGAGAGCGGGGAGCUGGUGUGCACGAAGCCCCUCCCCUGCCAGCCUACACACUUCUGGAAUGACGAGAAUGGGAGCAAGUACCGGAAGGCAUAUUUUUCCAAGUUCCCAGGCGUGUGGGCACACGGUGACUACUGCAGAAUCAACCCCAGGACGGGGGGCAUCGUCAUGCUGGGCCGCAGUGACGGCACACUCAACCCCAACGGCGUGCGGUUCGGCAGCUCCGAGAUCUACAACAUCGUGGAGGCCUUCGAGGAGGUGGAGGACAGCCUGUGUGUCCCCCAGUACAACAGGGACGGCGAGGAGAGGGUGAUCCUCUUUCUGAAGAUGGCCUCCGGCCACGCCUUUGGGCCUGACCUGGUGAAGCGCAUCCGGGACGCCAUCCGCAUCGGCCUGUCUGCGCGCCACGUCCCCAGCCUCAUCCUGGAGACGCAGGGCAUCCCGUACACGCUCAACGGCAAGAAGGUGGAGGUGGCAGUGAAGCAGGUGAUGGCCGGCAGGGCCGUGGAGCACCGAGGUGCGUUCUCCAACCCCGAGACCCUGGAUUUGUACCGGGGCAUCCCCGAGCUGCAGGACUUCUGAGUAGGGCAGCGUGCCCUGAAGUGCAUGUGUGCACUGGGCUUCUGGAAACUUCUGGGAAGGACUUGGACACGGAAGCCGUGUCUGCUCAGUCUGGGGACCUGGUCUCCACGCUGGGGCGGGCCCAACCAUGCCGGCAGGUGCUUACCUGGUGAGGGGUGGCCCAGGCCUGGCGGCGCACACCGGACGAGCCCAUCUUCCACUCCACUCUGCCCUGUGAUGGGCCCGCGCUGCCCUGCAGCCCGCUGAUCACCGCCUGGAGCCCGGCGGCGCCGGCCUGGUGGGCGCCGUCCUCCCCCUGCUGGCCACCGCGAGCGGGCUCCGUCACUCCAGCUGUCCAGCGCCUCCCGGGCAGGCAUUCCCCGCGGGCGUGGGCGCACGCGCCAGUGCGGCGCCCGGAGCCCUGGUGGGGCCCGGGUGGUCACCCCGAAUCAGUCGCAGGACACCGGGCGGUGAGGCCUCCGUCCGAGCUCCAGCCCACACCAUGGCGCCUGGCCCGGGGCCGCAGGCGCGGUGCCUGGCGGUGACCAAGGCAGGAAAUCUCUUGUGUGGUUUUGUAUUUCGUAAGAACUGAGCACAACAAAAUGCCCUUUGGAUUAUAAAACUGUAGGGGAAAGUGCUAUGAAGACUUUUAUGCAAUAAACAUGUGCGUGCGCACCUGUA